UAAGAUCGUCUUAAGUUGCUUUCUUAAAUAAUUCUAUUCAGAGAACAGAACGCGGUUCACAACUAAAUUUCUUACCAAAAUGGAAACUGGAAUCGGAGCCAGUGCAGAUUCAGCACCAAAUCUACCUCUCCUUGUCCACGACGGAGAACCGAAUGUCUCCGACGACGCUCGCCUGAACCAGCUGGGUUACAAGCAAGAACUCAGCCGCAGUCUCUCGGCGAUAGCAAACUUUUCAGUGACGUUAUCCAUCAUAUCGGUGCUCACGGGACUCACCACGAUGUACGGUACAGGAUUGGCCUUCGGUGGGCCUGUUACGAUGGUGUACGGAUGGCCCAUCGUGGGCGUUUUAACUAUGAUGGUGGGUCUGGCGAUGGCAGAGAUUUGCUCUGCUUAUCCUACUUCCGGCGGCCUAUAUUUUUGGAGUGCCAUGUUGUGCGGCAAUCUGUGGGGUCCUAUGGCUUCCUGGUUCACCGGUUGGUAAGUUCCCGUUUAAUUUCCGUCCAUUUUUGUUUGUCUUGCCGUUUAACCUUUUCCAUUCACUGUUUGGACCAUGCAUUUUCUCUGUUUUGUUUUCUGUUGCUUUGGAUUCCUACCUUAUCUGUCACAUGCAC